GUUCUAGUUGGGGUAGCAACCUCAGCAUCAACAAUGAUCUGGUUACGACGUGUAACCAUCUUCCCAGUAGCGGCACCAAUCUCAACGCAUUGCCGCGGCAGAUGUCUAGGACUAAUAACCUGAGUACCAAUUCCAUGGCAAUCUAUGAAAACUUGGCACAGCAACUGCAAUUACAGCAACUUCAGCAUGAACUUGUUCGGAAUCAAGAACAGGCGCAGUCUCUGAGCAAUCCGAACAUGGUGUUCUUGGGCAACUCGGUUAGUACUAAGGCUAAACGUGCACGUGCACCUCAACAUGGAAACUUAACUAUUCGAAAACUUAAAAUAUCCAACAAGUUUUCCGGUGAUGAACCAUCGUCGCCAAGUAAUUCAUCGUCGCCAAGUUUUCCGGUGAUGAACCAACAGGCGGGGGUGGCAGCGCUGCCACAUUUUCAAGGGGAAUCGGUUGCCCGCAACGCGGAGGGGAGUGCGCGCACUUCGGGCGCCCGUUUCACCUUGUGAAACCAUUCACCCCCGCCCACGUCCCUAAAGUAUCCUUUUCCCUUCCUUAACGUCUCCCGGGGCACCCGGGCCCGGGGAGUCUCUUCUAAUAUCCAACAAAUUUCAUCGUCGCCAAGUUUUCCGGUGAUGAACCAACAGGCGGGGGUGUCAGGUGCAACAGC